CUGUCCUUUGCGUGGUUGAAAAUUUGACAGCCGCUCUUGUAUGUUGUGUUCCUGCCAAGGAAAUUUUUAGUAAUUUCUAGAAAUCCAACAAUAAUGUUUAGUUAAUAACAGUGCGCGUGUUUUCGUAAUUAGUUUAUUUAGUUGUACCAGUUGGUGAUGUUUUUCUAUGUCAAGGCACGUUAGUAACGUUGAGGACCGAAGUCCUGUGAAGAGGUUGGAAGAGCCCCAAAGAUCGCCGAAAAAGCUGCGUUUGGAGAUCGAAAUUGAUGAAAACAUGAGUGACAAUUCGCCUGAACGAAACCGACGAGCGAAUUUUUCAAACGUGAACGGCGUCAACCGCAAUUUAAACAUCCACUCUGUCAAGCCAACCACCAAAAAGCUUAUCAUAAAGAAUUUCAAAAGUGAACCGAAGCUCCCGGACGACUACCAUGAGACCACCUGGGAGAAGCUAAAGAGUGCGGUCAUUGCAAUACAACAAUCAAAACCCAACGAAUACCUUCUGGAGGAGCUCUACCAGGCGGUUGGGAACAUGUGCAGCCACAAAAUGUCCCACAUUCUGUACAACGGGCUCUCGCACCUGAUCGAGGCGCACGUGUGCAGCAACAUCGAACGGUUCAUCACAGAGCCCAUGGACCGUUUCCUGUUUUUGAAAAAAAUGAACGACACUUGGCAAUCUCACUGUAAUCAAAUGAUCAUGAUCAGGGGCAUCUUCCUGUACCUUGACCGCACGUACGUGCUCCAGAACCCCAACAUUUCCUCGAUCUGGGACAUGGGCUUAGAUUUAUUUCGCAAGUACUUCAUGUUGCACACUUUAGUCCAAACGCGCGUAGUCGAAGGUUUGUUAAUGUUGAUCGAAAAGGAGCGACAAGGCGAUAAAGUCGACCGGACUUUACUCAAGUCCCUGCUACGCAUGCUAACCGACCUGCAGAUUUACAACAAAGCUUUUGAACAAAAAUUCCUGCAAGCGACUGAGCGCUUGUACGCGACCGAAGGACAAAGGCUUAUGCAAGAACUCGAAGUGCCUGAAUUUUUGGCUCAUGUAGAUAAAAGAAUUCACGAAGAAAACGAAAGGGUCAUUCAUUAUUUAGACUGUAGUACAAAAUAUCAAUUAAUUCACACGGUCGAGAAACAGCUGCUUAGUGAACACAUUAAUAAUAUUCUCCAAAAAGGGCUCGACAACCUCCUUGAGGAGAACCGUCUGCAUGACUUGUCGCUCCUCUACCAGCUUUUCAGUCGCGUCAAAAACGGCCUUCAUGAGCUAUGUCUCGCGUUUAACGCGUUUAUUAAGAAAAAGGGGCGCACUAUUGUCAUUGACCCCGAAAAAGAUAAAACAAUGGUGCAAGAAUUGCUAGAUUUCAAGGACGCCAUGGAUAACAUCGUCGCUUGUUGCUUCAAGAAAAACGAAAUGUUCAGCAACUCGCUCAAGGAGGCGUUCGAACAUUUCAUCAACCAACGCACCAACAAGCCAGCCGAACUCAUUGCAAAAUUCGUGGACUCGAAGCUGCGCGCUGGCAACAAGGAGGCAACCGAGGAGGAGCUGGAGCGCCUUCUGGACAAAAUAAUGGUCCUGUUCCGGUUUAUCCACGGUAAAGACGUGUUCGAGGCCUUCUAUAAAAAAGACUUGGCGAAGCGAUUGCUCGUGGGCAAAUCGGCGAGUGUGGACGCCGAGAAGAGCAUGUUGAGUAAAUUAAAGCAGGAAUGUGGUGGCGGUUUCACGUCGAAGUUAGAAGGAAUGUUCAAAGACAUGGAGUUGAGUAAAGACAUCAACGUGGCGUUUAAGCAACACUUGAAUAUUAGCACGCUUGAUUUGAUACCUCUAGACAUGACAGUUAAUAUUUUGACAAUGGGGUAUUGGCCCACUUAUACCCCAAUGGACGUGACCCUGCCGCCGCAAAUGGUCAAGUUCCAAGACAUCUUCAAAGAGUUUUACUUAAGUAAGCACAACGGGAGGAAACUGCAGUGGCAGCCGACUUUGGGGCAUUGCGUCCUCAAGGCGAGGUUUAAAGCGGGGCAGAAGGAGUUAGUCGUUUCGCUUUUUCAAACUCUGGUGAUACUCCUCUUUAACGAGUCUGAUGAGCACAGUUUUGAGUACAUUAAGGCAGCUACUAAUAUCGAAGAUGGGGAGUUGAGGAGGACUUUACAGAGUCUGGCUUGUGGGAAGGCUAGAGUCUUGAAUAAAAUUCCGAAAGGAAGGGAAAUUGAGGAUAACGACAAGUUUAAAUUUAAUAAUGACUUUGUAAAUAAACUUUUCCGUAUCAAGAUUAACCAAAUACAAAUGAAGGAGACCACCGAGGAACAGAAAGCAACUGAGGAACGGGUCUUCCAAGACCGGCAAUAUCAAAUUGAUGCGGCAAUCGUGAGAAUCAUGAAAAUGAGAAAGACUUUAAGCCACAAUUUGCUCAUUAGUGAACUCUUAGCACAGCUAAAGUUUCCUGUUAAGCCUUCUGAUUUGAAGAAACGCAUUGAGUCUCUCAUUGAUAGAGACUACAUGGAACGUGAUAAAGAUAAUUCCAACCAAUACAACUAUGUGGCUUAAUUUCUUUUAUUAGUAUUAUUUUAUUUAGUCUAUGUAUCUUCAUGGUUUGCUUUUGCCUGAAUUUCAAAUACGAUGGAGUCAUUCAUCCAGUUUCUAGUCCAGACCUCCUGGCUUGUAAAUAACCAUCGCUGAUUUUACGACUUCUCAACAAAACCGUUAAUACUUUGCCUGAAUAUUUGUUAAUGUUUUAUUAUUAGUUACACACAUGUGUUUAUAAAACACUUGUAAAUACAGAUUACUUUUUCGUUCUGUUUCAAAUGUUUCAAAUUCUCAGUAUAUUUGUAAAUACAUCCAUGUAAAAAUUAUCUUAUAAUUUACAGUUAAGUCUCGGUUUAAAAUGUGAUUUUUCUUUUGUAAUUUAAAUACAAAAUUACGUGGUUUCAA